UUCAAAAUGGCUUCCAAAGAGGAUCCAAUCUAUCAAAUUUUCUCAUUUCGGGACUGUAAGUCUUCUCCCGACCCGAUUUUUGAGCUCCCUGCACAGUGUCUGGACCCCACGCCGCCCCCCAUAGUCAUAGAUAACGGCUCGUUUCAGACCCGGGCCGGCUGGGCUGUUCCAGGGGGGGAACAGGACUCUCCGCGGCUGCUCUUCAGGUCGGUGGCGGCGCGAAACAGAGGAGCCGCACGGAGCGACACUCAGAUUGGAAACGACAUCCCCAAUCUGGAGCCUCUGCGGUGGCUGCUCAAGAGCCAGUUUGAUCGAAAUGUGGUGGUCAAUUUCGAGAUCCAGGAGCUCAUUUUCGACUAUGUGUUUACACACCUGGGCAUCACUUCAGAGGGCAGUGUGGCACAUCCCAUUGUUUUGACGGAGGCCCCCUGCAGCCCGCUGCACUGUCGGCAGAUGAUGUCAGAGUUGCUGUUUGAGUGCUACCAAGUACCUUAUGUGUCCUACGGCGUAGACAGCUUGUACAGCUUCUACCACAAUAACACCCAAAGGAACCUCCAGCCACCACACACCGGCAUCAUUCUGUCCUCAGGAUACCACUGUUCACACAUCCUGCCAGUUAUAAACGGCAGGUUUGAUGCGGUUAACAGUAAGCGUGUGAACGUGGCUGGGAGUCAGGCAGCGUCCUACCUGCAGCGCCUCCUUCAGCUUAAAUACCCAGGACAUCUUGCUGCUGUCACGCUCAGCCGUGUCGAGGAGCUUCUGCAUGAACACAGUUACACAGCUGUGGAUUAUCAUGAAGAGUUGGAAAAGUGGCGCAGCCCGGAGUUUUACGAGCGGGAGGUUCACCGUAUGCAGCUUCCCUUCACCAGUAAGGUGCCAGGCGGCUGUGUGAGCGUAGAGGAGAGGCAGGAGAGACGAGCUCAGCAGCUUCGACGGCUUCAGGAGAUCAAUACUCGCCGAAGGGAGGAGAAACUGCAGCAGGACCAAGAGAGGCUGGAUAGACUCACUGUAGUACAGGAGCUGCUGGAGGACGGCCUGCUGGAUCAGUUUCAUAGGAGUCUGGUGGAGCUCAACAUGGACUCAGCCGAGGAGCUACAGUCGUACAUCAACAAGCUGCAGCUGGCAGUGGAACAGGGCAGACAAAAACUGCUGCACAGUGAUGGAGCAGAGGGAAAGACAGAAGUGUCUGAGCUGGAGCAGCCGAUGGACGAGGGAGACGGAGUGGCACUGAUCGAUCCUGACUUCCUUGAUGACACACUGCCAGAAAAGCCUGCUAAUGUGAUUCAGCCCGUGUUCAACGUGGCAGAGUACCACCAGCUGUUUGUAGGGACGGAGCGUCUGCGGUGUCCAGAGAUCAUGUUCCAGCCCUCACCAACCGGAGAGGAUCAGAUGGGACUGAUGGAGACUCUGCAGUACGUCCUGGCAAGGUACACUCCAGAGCAGCAGGAUGUGCUAGUGAGCAAUGUGUUUCUGACCGGUGGGAACAUGCAGUACCCAGGAAUGAAGGCGAGAGUGGAGCGAGAACUGCUGGCCAUGAGGCCUUUUCAAUCAAACUUCAAGGUUACAAUGGCGUCGCGGCCGGCUCUGGAUGCCUGGUAUGGGGCAAGAGACUGGGCCGUUGAGCAUCUACCUAGCCAAGGCGGAGAGUCGUCAGAGGGAUGGAUCAGCAGACUGGACUACGAGGAGAAAGGAGGCGAGUACCUGAGUGAGCACUGUGCCUCCAACGUCUUCAUUCCCAUGAAACUCGCCAAACCACUUCCUGCUCGUCCUAACGAGCCUGCUGGUAACAUGCUGACAUCAACCGAAGUGUCUGCUGCUGUCCCCACGGUUACUUCUGCACUGACGCCCCCCAGUUCUACUCUUGCUGAUGUUUCCAUGGUAACCGCUUGAACUGAGAUCUCAGAUUUUUUUUUUUUUUUUUCUAAAAUUACAUUUAGAAAUGAUUGUUGGUUGAAGCAGAGUGUUUACUUUUUUCUGUUUGACUUUGCUGCUUCUACAUAAGUUUUUAACCCUAAAAUUUCCUAGCAUGCAUUUCAGCAGCCUUUAAUGUGAAGGUUUGAGCUACAUGCUUUCAAAUGUGAAGAAGACUUUGCAGAAGACUUUUCCCAUUUAUGGGAAGACUCUUUUUCUUAUUGGAUUCAGAUAUGAUCUGAUGACUGUCAGAGGGGUUUGCUGUCAGGCAUUUCACCUUUGAAGUGAAAACAAACACCCCAUCCAACAAACAAAAUAAACGGAUGAUUGUAACUGUUUUUACAGUGAAGAGGCACUGCUUGUGUCCAGAAAUGACCAUUCAAGAAUGUGUAGGGGAUAUGUUUCCUGCCUGUUCUUCAGUCAGCAGAGACUUCAUCUGUUCACUCUCUGUUAUACAAUACUGGUGACAUCACUAGAAUAUUCUUCUCUGUUUUAUUAUCAUUAUACAAAAGAGAGAACCUUCAAAUUGAUUGGUUAUAUAAAUGAUCUAAACAGGUCCAGUGGGAAUAUUUAAUGUAUUUAUAUGUAAAUAGAAUUUUUUGUUUGAAUUUUGUAUUUUUUCUAUAAAAUUCACAUUUUGA